AUGGUAUAUAGACUGUCGAAUGCGGGAACGGUUCACGCAGUUGCACUUCGAUUAUUGCACUUCGUGGAAACUUACGUGAGUGCUUUCCCUCGGCGGAAGUUGGGAUUGUCGAGGAAAUCGAUUUUGGAAACGAUGUCGUCGGUUUUGAUGUUGAUCUUACUGAUUGUUGGAUCAUACGCUCAAUCCCCAGAUCAAUCGUCUGAUAAAAUUGACGAUGUGAAACUGACAGAUACCGUGGAUCAAGAUUCUAAUAUCACGUCAACAUUGAACAACAUUCAAACUCCUGAAACAAGCACCACGUCGAAACCAAGCCUCUUCUCCUGGUUUUUCACGCCAUUGGUCCAGAAUCUUCAGAUCGACCCGCAGACUCUCCAGAAUCGUGUCACUCAGCUCAAAGAGGCGUUGAAUAAUUUUGGAUUUCGGAACCAAGAGGAGGGGAAGCAAUUAAGCAACGCGAAUAAUUUAUUGAAUCUCGCCAGUUUGACUGAUUCCGGGUUUUACACUAACAGAGUGGAACCAGCCGGAUUUUUCGGUGGUAACGGAUGGUUGGCGAACAAAGGUGGACUCUUAGGCGGUCCAGGUGCCAUUCUUUCAACUGGCAGCAUUUUGACGGAUUAUCCCACGGCGUACAGGAGAAAGUAG